GGCGUUGCAGCCAAACAACAUUUGGCAUCUCUUCUGUGUCCUUAUCAUUUUUCUUCAUCCGCGAAAGUGAUGGAUUUGAGUGAUAAUAGCCAACUGGAGGAUCAGUACUUUGUUUACAAACAUGAUCAACUAUUCGGCGAGAGCUUCCCUCUGUUCAAGGAGAUCCGAAGGCUGGGAAAGCUGUGCGAUGUCACCCUGAAGGUUGAAGAUCAGACUUUCUCCGCGCAUCGCGUCGUUCUGGCGGCCACCAUUCCGUACUUCUAUGCAAUGUUCACCAACAACAUGGCAGAGAGCCGUAUAAAGGAGAUCACCAUGAAGGAAAGCGCCAUCGAGCCAAGUGCCCUGGAAAGCCUGAUCAACUAUGUGUACAGCGGCCAGGUGCGCAUUGAUAAUCAGAAUGUGCAGAGCUUGAUGGUGGGCGCCUCGUUCCUUCAGCUGUCCAACGUCCGGGACGCUUGUGCCAGCUUUCUAAUCUCACGCUUCCAUCCGCACAAUGUCCUGGGAAUCCGCACCUUCGCCGACUCAAUGAUCUGUCGUCAGCUAAUCGAUGCAGCCGACAAGUACAUAGACCAAAACUUUGCCAAAGUCUCGCAAUCGGAGGAAUUUCUCGCACUCGACUGUGAACAGCUUCUGGAGCUGAUGCGCCGAGACGAGCUCAACGUGCGCACUGAGGAGGUCAUCUUCGAGGCGUGCAUGAAGUGGGUCAAGUAUGCGGAAGAUAAGCGCUCCGAAUUGUUUCCCCAGGUACUGGCAGCAGUACGACUGCCAUUGCUAUCGCCACAGUUCCUUGCGGACCGUGUGGCACGCGAGGAGCUUAUCCGAUCCUCGCACCAGUGUCGUGAUCUCUUGGACGAAGCCAAGGACUUUCACCUUAUGCCCGAGCGCAGAGGGCUGCUGCAGAGCUUUCGUACUCGCCAGCGCUCAGGUGAGUUCUUUACCGGCCAAAUCUAUGCCGUUGGUGGGCUGGCCAGCACUGGAGAAUCUGUGAGCACGGUGGAGAUCUAUGAUCCCCUAACUAAGAAGUGGAAAAUGGGCGAACAAAUGUCCAUGAUGAGAUCUCGUGUAGGCGUGGCCGUUUUAAAUGGCAAGCUAUACGCCUUCGGUGGCUUCAACGGCACCGAACGCCUCUCUACUGUUGAGGUCUACGAUCCGCGGAAAAACAAGUGGUCUCAGGGAUGUGCUAUGCUUUGCAAGCGAAGCGCUGUGGGCGUAGCCGCCUUAGAUGACUGUAUCUAUGUUUGCGGCGGCUACGACGGAGUCACUUCACUUAAUACCGUUGAGGUAUACUACCCCAAGACCAAUACUUGGAAGACUGUUGCUCAAAUGAUGAAGUAUCGUUCUGCUGGUGGGGUGACCCAACUGAAUGGCUAUGUCUACGCCCUUGGUGGGCAUGACGGACUAUCUAUAUUCGAUUCGGUGGAGCGGUAUGAUCAGAACGAGGAUGUAUGGGUGAAGAUGUCGCCCAUGCUUAAUCGGCGCUGUCGACUAGGCGUGGCAACGCUAAACGGGAAAAUUUAUGUCUGUGGCGGCUACUGCGGCAACUCAUUUCUUCGCUCUGUGGAGUGCUACGAACCCGAAACGGACACCUGGAAGCUAGUGACACCCAUGAAUUGCAAGAGGUCACGUGUUGCCCUGGCUGCCAACAUGGGCAAACUUUGGGCCAUCGGCGGUUAUGAUGGCGAGUCAAAUUUGUCCACCGUCGAGGUCUACGAUCCGGAGACCGAUAAAUGGACCUUUAUGCCGCCCAUGUGCGCACACAGUGGAGGUGUCGGAGCCGGUGUUAUACGGAUCGAGUAACCUGCUCGGCCUGCCUGCCAAAAACCGUUUCUCUAGCCACUCUCGUCUUAGGUAAUUUAUGUGAAUUGAAAAGAUAUAGUCUAGCCUAGUUAGGAUUGUUGAGUGUAACCAAGCUUUAGCGGCUUCUUGAACGACCGCCUCGUGUGCAACUCGGCUCAGCUCCUUUAGCUCUAUCAAAAUUGUUCAUGUAUUACUCACGGUUCUUUAGUGUUUGUCAUUCCAGUUAUGUAAUUGUUUAGUUUCUACGCCUAGCCUUAAAUACUCACUAACAUUUUAAUCUUUCAAAUAAAAACAUGUGUAUUGCAUGUUAUGUGAAAAUAAA